UGAUUUAGACCACCCAUAACUGCGAGACGAACGCUGUGCCGCGCAUCCCCCAUAGGGACGUUGACACAGAGCCACCCAGAUGCUGCAUCAGCGAAGAUUAGAUACCAUUGAGAACGCAACUUCCCUGCCCUCCAAGACCGCCUCAGAGACAAAGUGGCUGCAUAUCACCGCCCCGUCAUCAUUUGAGGAAGAUCAGUCAUGUAUCUCGCAACACUCGCCACCGUUACCUUCAGUGCGAUCGCACUCGCCCUUCCCUCCACCCCGGUGCUCACGCAACGAGCAUGCAAAUCCUACGAAACACCAGACUACUUCGAGAAUCAGAUCCUCGAGUGGCAGCCCAACCCCAGCGCCGGCAAGAAGUGUACACUCUUCGCAGUAGCGAAUGAUUAUAGACUCGUGAUGGUACGCGCCCUGAUUGUUAUGAAGCAUUUGUAAGGAUAUAAUAUGUCAAUACGGAGUAAAUUAUAUCUAGAUGGAAUAUAGAACAAUAAGGUAUAAUCUUGACUAGGGCCUUCACAUGCGCUGAGUAGUAGCUUCCGAGGAGGAGGAUUGCUCCGGAAGCCGCCAGGC